AUGUCAGGAUCAUCAUCUAGCCCUCUUGUCAUGUCACAAUCACCUUCCUUGCCAUCGGCUUCCGAAGCUUCUCAUACGCUUCCCAAAUUGGCACAGAAUGCCAAAUUCGAAAAGAAAUACUGGGCCGAUGAUCGUCAUCCAAUCUCGCAAAGCCCUUCCACGACGGUCCGCGUCUGUUACCGCAAAGAUCGCAGUCGAUGGGCCGUCAAGACGCUUCAGAAAUCCAAGGUGGAACACUGGUCGCAUUUGAUCAACGAAGUGGAACUCAUCCAGGAAGUCCAAGAUCAUCCUACUAUCAAUCCAUUGGUAGACGUCUUCGAAGACCACAAAUCGGUUCAUCUCGUCUCGGAUCUUUGUUCGGGUGGAAGACUUUCGUUAUAUGUGCAAUCCACCGUUUUGGACAAUCCCUCGCCCGAUUACCAAUAUCACGAACAGGAAGUCGCUUGCAUCAUUCAGCAAUUACUAAGAGCCAUUGAACACUGUCAUGACCGAGACAUUGUCCACCGGGACUUGAAAUUGGACAAUGUGUUGUUCAAGAAACACAAGAAUUUGCAAGUCCGAUUGAUUGACUUUGAUAUUUCUUGCAAACAUUCGUCCCAAGACGAGCCCAUGACGGAAGCCGUCGGUACCAAAGCAUACAUGGCACCAGAAGUCUUUGACCGAUCCUAUGAUCGCAAGUGUGAUAUCUGGGCGAUUGGGGUCAUGACCCAUGCCUUGCUCAGUGGAGAAAUGCCCUUUGGGGGCAAGGACGAUGAAGAGUUGGUUCACAAUAUUCGAAACAAACCCUUUGCGUGGGAAGCACCCUGCUGGGAGUACAUUUCGGACGAAGCCAAGGCUUUUAUUCAACUUUGUUUGGAACGGGACCCUACCAAGCGCCCAUCGGCAGAAGACUUACUUUCGAAUGAUUGGAUGGGUGUGGCGGCGACGUCGUAUAAGCGCCGUUCUACCAAAAAGCCAAAUCUGUUCCAAAGGAGUGAAUUCCUACGAAAUCUCUUUUCUAUUAUUGAAGAGAAAUGCACCAUUCGGGCUCCCGUUAGGAAACUCGUGGUUCCUACAAAUGAAGACCCCAUGGAGGGUACGACGAGGACGGUGCAAUUGCAAUAA